UCUAGUGGAGGAGGUAUACAUGGAGAUACCACCAGGAUUUGGUACAGAUCAGACAGUGGGAAAGGUCUGCAGAUUGAAGAAGUCUCUCUAUGGUCUGAAGCAAUCUCCCCGUGCUUGGUUCGACAGAUUCAGAAGGGCUAUGAUUGGUAUGGGAUACCAACAGAUCAACGCCGACCAUACAGUGUUCUUUCGACGGAGUGGAGGCCACAUUACUAUGCUUGCGGUAUAUGUGGAUGAUAUGAUUAUUACAGGGGAUGAUGAGAAGGAGAUUGCCCAACUCAAAGUGAGACUGGGUAAGGAAUUUGAGGUGAAAGAUCUUGGCUUGCUUAGAUACUUUCUUGGAAUAGAGAUAGCUCGAGGAGCGGAAGGGAUCAUCCUAUCCCAGAGAAAGUAUGCACUGGAUCUUCUCAAAGAGACAGGAAUGUUAGGGUGCAAACCUGCAACUACACCGAUCGACCAGAGGUUCAAGCUAGGUGCUGAGGCUGGAGAACCAGUUGAUCGUGACAGAUAUCAGAGGUUGGUGGGAAGGCUGAUCUAUUUGAGUCACACACGUCCUGAUAUCUCCUUUGCAGUAAGCGUGGUGAGUCGCUACAUGCACGAUCCGAGGAAGGGUCAUAUGGACGCUGUGUACCAGAUUCUGAGAUAUUUAAAGAGUGCCCCCGGAAAGGGGCUGAUAUUCAGAAAGAAUGGACAUGUGAACAUCGAGGGUUAUUGCGACUCUGACUGGGCUAGCUGUGCUGAUGACAGGAGGUCCACCUCAGGAUAUUGCAUCUUUAUAGGAGGUAACUUAGUCUCGUGGAACUGGAUCAAGGAGAUAAGAUGA